AUGUUAGUCAACGUAGAUGCCAAAGUGGAACGAGUGUGCAAAGCGUACAACUCCAUGGACAUCGACGGUCGCAUAAAGGCUUACCGCUUCGUCGGAUACGCUGCUGUGACUUUUUCUGCUGUGGCUGUACUCUCCGUCUGCAUCACUCUUCCAUUGGUCUACAACUAUGCAAGACACAUUCGACGAGUUGCUCAUCACGAACUAUUACAAUGCAAAGUCUCAGCCAGGGAUGUUCUAGAAGAUGCUACAAAAUUGCCGGAAGCCAACAGAACAACGAGGUCGCUCGUGCGACGCCAGUACGAAGAGGAAAGUAUGGAAGCACCUGCAACAUCAGCACCGCAAGGACCUCCUCCAGCAGCCGUCGGAGGUUACUCACCUCCUGUCUCUACAGCAACAUCAGGUUAUUCUGCAUCUUCUGGGGCCGGCGCCUACCCAGCUCCUGUAUCCACAGCAACGUCAGGUUAUUCUCCCCCUACUGCUGCGGUAGGAGGAGGUUAUUCGUCUGCUACGUCUGCAGUAUCAGGAAAUUACUGUCAAGGUUGCUGUCUCCCCGGACCGCAAGGCCCUCCAGGCCCUCCUGGAAGACCUGGUCGCCCAGGGAAAGCCGGGGCACCAGGAGCCCCUGGAAAUCCCGGCAGACCACCUCAGCUUCCCUGUGAACCGAUCACUCCACCGCCUUGUCGUCCAUGCCCUCCUGGUCCUCCUGGACCUCCAGGUGAGACAGGACCUGCG